AUAUGCUUUUUCAGAGAUAUCGUCCUAUCGUGAUAAAAAAAAAAAAAAAUUGAAGAAAAAAAAUUGGAAAAAAAAAAUAGCGGGAGGGGAAGAGGCUCUCCGUGUGCGGCGCAGGGGGCUAUGACAGCGGACGGAGAGCCUCUUACCCUCCCGCUCCCCCAGCCUCACCUACUGAUUUUAAUUUCACCAUAUAUCAAGCCCGAUCGAUUUCACAAUGUCAGCGCACCUCUGCUUUCGUUCAGUCCGAGUUGUUUGACACGUUCCCAAAGUCCCCGCCCCCUUUCUUUGCAGCGGGAAAAUACACUGUUGACAGUCUGCACACACAGCAAUAAUGGACGGAGAGUCAGAUUCUGAUGUAGAACAAUUAGAUUUAGUCCCCAAAAAGAACUCUACGUCUGUGGUAUGGAAGUAUUUUGGCUAUAAGACAACAGACACGGAGCAAACAAAUGUCAUUUGCAAAAUGUGCAAACAAGGACAUUUCAAAGCGACAGAUGGCAACACGUCGGGCUUACGAGACCACCUCAAACGCAAGCACCAGAAAGAGCAUGCAGAGACUGUAAGAGUGCAAGGUCCCCCGCGUGUGAAUGCACAAUCUACCGCAGCGACUGCACCAAAACAAACUACCAUAGGUUAGGCAUUUCAUAAAGGGGCUCCUUAUGAAAAGACUAGCAAACGGUGGAAAGACAUAACUGACGCGGUGGCGUUUUAUGUGGCCAAAGAUAUGCAACCAAUACAGAGCGUGGAAAACAAAGGUUUCGUGAGGCUGAUGAAAACAGUUGACCCACGGUACCAGGUGCCCAGUCUAAAAUAUUUUUCUACAAAGGCCAUUUCACAAAUGUACACUGAAUGCCGAGAGAAGGUACAACAGGAAAUUCAAAAUGUCCAGUUUUUUGCUACAACCAGUGAUUUAUGGUCUAGCCGCACGUCAGAACCGUAUAUGAGUCUGACCAUUCAUUUCAUUCACAAGUGGAAGCUGCAAAGUGCAUGUCUCCAAACGAUAUACUUCCCGGUAGACCAUACAGGGGAACUAAUCGCACAUGGCCUAAGGGACUUACUUCAAGGCUGGGGACUGAAAGAGGAGAACAUGAUCUGCAUGACCACAGACAGUGGAGCCAACAUGGUUAAAGCUUUGGAUCUUAACGCCUGGACUCGCCUGCAGUGCUUUGGUCACAGACUUCACCUGGCCAUCGAAAAAAGUGCCAAAGACCCUCGUGUUGAUCGCACAGUGUCCAUCUUGAAGAAAAUGGUCAGUGCAUUCUCCUUCAGCUGGAAGAAAAAGAGGGAGUUGGCUAGGCUUCAAACAGAGAUGAAGCUACCUCCGCACAAACUCAUCACCGACUCACCAACUCGAUGGGGCUCCAAACUCGCUAUGAUUGAGAGAGUGUUGGAACAGGAAAAGGCCAUUUCUGAGAUCCUUAAGGCAGACAAGAAGACAAGGUGUUUGGUCGCUGGAUACAACGAAAAGGAUGUGAUGGAGUCUGUAGUGAAGGCCCUGGGUCCACUACGGGACUUCACAGAUGCACUCUCGGCUGAGGACUAUGUGAGUGUGUCUUAUGCAAAGCCAGUGCUUCACCUGUUCAAAGAACACCUCUUAAAAGUGGAUGAUGACGACACUGACCUCUCAGGAGAAAUGAAGAUGACCAUUCUCAACUACCUCACUGACAAAUACAAGGAUCCCAAAACUGAUGAACUGCUGGAUAUGGCUUCACUUGUUGAUCCAAGGUUCAAAAUAAAGUACAUUGACAGUGACAACUUAGAGAAGAUACAAGCCAGAGCUGUGUCUGAGCUUGAGUCCUUGCUGACUGUCACUUUACAAGCACAGUGUCCCGCAGCAUCUUCAUCUACCUCCACAUCACAGAGCCUUGAGGCAGAAGCAAACCAGGGCCCCCACAAAAAGAAAGCUAAGAAAACACUGGCCAGCUUUUUGAAGACCUCUGUAACUUCAGCUGGCACAUCUGCUGCUUCUCCAUCCCUAAAAGAAGCAAUAGAUGCAGAAUUGAAGUCCUACCUGUCCGUACCAAAUGCAGACAGUGAAAUGGAUCCUCUGGAAUGGUGGCAAAACCAUGAUGGAAACUUUCCAAGGGUUAGCCAAUUAGCUAGAAAGUAUCUCUGCAUUCCGGCAACUAGUGCUCCCUCAGAGAGAGUGUUCAGCACUGGUGGCAAUAUUGUCACAUGCCAAAGGGCAACUCUCAAGCCAGAGAAAGUUGACAAACUGAUUUUCCUGGCAAAAAAUCUGUGAUUGUGUUCUGUCAACAAGAAAAUAAAAGUAAAACAAGUUUAAAAAAAAGAAAACUAUACAAUGUGAAGACAUGCUCUAAAGCUGUCUAGUCAGGAUUCAGACAGUUUUGCACUUUAUUUAUUGUCUUGUUUGAUUCUGUUGGCUUAUAUUUGUUAUAUAAUAAUAAUAUGUUUAUUGAUGUUCAUGUUUAUUGAUGUUCACUGCU